AUGAAGGAUCAUCAGGUGAACAAAUUUUUGGACAUGCACAACGCUAGAAGGUUAUCGUUAGCAAAAGGAGAGGUCAUAAAGGGCAAUAAGAACUAUAUGCCACAGGGUGCUAAUAUUCAAAAGCUGUCAUAUAAUUGCUCCUUGGAAGAAGCCGCUAUUGCUCGGGCAGAAGAUUGUUUCAAAACGGAAACUGAACUCGAUCCCGACGUUGGCGAAAAUACUGCACAAGUCACUUUAUCAUCCGCCCCUGAUAAACUGACGGCCAUUCAUAAUGGUGUAACAUCAUGGUGGAAGCAAUCCAGAACUGGACCGAACAUUGGCAAUCAAGUUUAUUACAGAACCAUACACACUCCAUCUGCUAAUUUUGCUACGAAAACUGGUACUGUUGAGAUGACGGUCAUACCUCGCUCGAUUUCGCUUACUGCACAUUUUCUGUUGCUAAGAUUGCUCUAA